AUAUUGCAACAAAUAAUCGAUGAUUAACUAAUUGUUAAUACUCUGUCCAGACCAUAAAAAUUAAUAAAUUACAGCAAUUCGUAAAAUUCCUAGAGAUGAUGGUAGAACAAAAAUGUGCCAGAAAUGCCUAAUUAAUGAUCGCAGUAUCCAUGAGAAAGAUGUUAUCUUCAUUAAUGAAUUCGAAACUGAGAUAGCAAAAUUAUAAUAAUCUUUAGAAACAAUAUAACAUACAUAAUUCUAAUAAUUGGAAAUAUUAGUUGAAAUACAAUAAGAAUAGGAUAGAUUAGGAUAAGCCAUCAGUAAGAUGAGACAGAAAAAAUAGUCUUUAGAUAAUUUUAUACGAACAUCUUUAAGUUCUUUGUAAUUAGAGAGCAUUAGCUUAAGUGAAAAAGAAACAAGUGAUUAUAUGUAACUAUUUAAUCAACAGGAAUUGUUAUGCGAUAUAAAUCUAGAAUUAUAAAGAUCUCUCAAUCCAUUAAGAGAUUUAAGAACAUGUUUAAGAUAAUAAAGUGAAAAAAUUCUACAAGACAUCUAAUCAAUAAAUCAGAUUCUAAAUGAAGAAGAAUCCAUCUAAUAAGAAAAUUAACAAUAGGAAGAGCAUACUGAGAUAUAUAAUGGUAUUUUAUAUAUAUUAUAAUAGGUUCUUAAAUAUAUGUAACCGGAAAUAGUCGAAUUGAACUUCCAGAAGGGGAAUCAUUCGAAUAGGUAAAUUAGAAUUCUUAGUAAUACAGCGAUGAAUCUCUUUAGAAUUUGUAGGCAAGUUAAACCUCGAUUUUACCCUAAUUUAUUUACUAAAAUUAACCAGGAAGUUAAUAUAAUCAACUUAUCAUAAUAAAUUUAGUUUUCGAUGAUUCUUUGGCAAGAACAUUUGAGGUUGAGAUUAAUCCAUAUAGUACUAUAAGAGAAUUAGCUCAGGAAUUCAAAAUUGUUCUUAAUCAUCAAAAAGAAAUAAUACUUUUGUACAUGAACUAAAUUUUAGAAGAAGAGCGCUCCUUUAAAUAGCUUAAAAUUGAAAAUGGUUAUACCCUCUAGGGCUAGUUAAAAUAUUGA